AUGGCUCGGCCCUACGAACCGCCUACCCACAUUCCGCCCUUUCUGAAACAGCUUGCUCCUUACGUCAAAUCGCAACAAGAAGCUCUCCAGAUUCGACAGGCGCUGACCUCAUAUCUACGCUCGCUGAUCGUCUUUGACGAUGCGGAUCCCGCCACUCAUACAUCCCACCUUACCCUGUGUGCGCCGACUGAUGCAAUUGUCGAUGUCAAGCGUAUCCCGGCCGAUCUCCCCGGACUGAGAAAAGAAUACCUGAAAGCUCUCGAGGCCAAUGUUGCCGCUAGAAAGGAAUUUCGCGCCGCUUCAGAGGAUGUCAGCUCCUUGAGACGUCAGAGACUAUCCCUCGAUCGACCCUCCAAGCCUGUCGAUCUGCAGGAACCCGGGGCAGAAUUGCGAGAUUAUCUCCUCCUUCUGCGCGAUCGACGUCGUCAUAAUAAGCUGCAGGUUUUUCACCAUUAUCUUGAGGAAUUCCGGAUCAAACACCACGGUGAUUCAGAAUGGAUUGGCGCUGAGGAAGAUUCGAGUCGACAAUUGAUACCCGAGGGCUUGGAUGAGGACAUACCGAGUCUCAACGAUACCGAUACGGAUCUAGAAGGGCUGAUUCAUAAUUUGGAAAGGGCCGUAGUUCGUGCUCGAGCUCGAUUGGAUCGAGAGAAACGAUUAUUCGAGAAGAUCAAGGCGCAGCACGACUCCCAAGGCUACACAAGUGAGGUUCCAGCAGCCACGAAAGCUCAUGCACUUCAACAAACCCGCGAUGCAUUGGUUCAAUGGGUUGAGGAGCGACUUGUUAGCGGAGGGGACCCAGACGAGAGCAUGGUGCAAGACCUGUCUCCGGAGCAAAUUGAAGAAGCGCAGAGUGUGCUGAAUCGGCAAAAGGCCCAAAUAACCGAGCAGUAUGCGGAGUAUCUCCAGGCUCGACGAGAGCUUCUUGAAGCAGCUUCCAAGGCCUGUCAGCCUGUAACAGUGACUGCGAAACCCUCUUCUCGAACCACAUACAAGACUGAGAUUAUCCCUGCACAAACACCGCCACCCAACCCGCUGGAUGUUCUAUCAUAUGCCAAAGAGGCUCUUGUACCGCUCACCAAGAGCCACAAGGCCAUGGCUCUCCAGAAGUCAUACUUGUCCAGAUUACUCGAGAAAGAGAAAUCCACCGUUCUGCGCGCACUAGGUCGGUUGAGCGACGAAAGUCACCUGCUCCCCGAAUAUCCUAUCCCCGCACGCCAACCUUUAUUCAAGCAUGCCGUCGCGGCUCUCAACUCCCGAAGUUCUCCACCGCAGUCUGAAAAUCACACAGACGAUGUCCUCAGCCUGGCGGAAGCAUGGGCGUUUGCUUCUAGUACCGCGACGGCUGAUUCAGGCGAAUUCGUGGAGCAAAAGCUAGCUUUGGGCUCGGAAGUUGCCCGUGACGCGAGAUCGUUACUGGAGGAGGUAUAUGGCACGCUUCACCAAGAUCUGGAUGGAGUCAUGCACGGAACGCAUAGCCAAGACGAGCGGCCUAAGGGACUUUGGUCUGGUCUUCAUGGAAGGGUUGAAAUGAAUGAGUCUAGCUGA